AUGGUCGCCGAGUCUAACGCCCUCGCGGAACGCAAACCCGAACCCAUCCUCGACGCCGCGGGUUCGGAGCGCUUCACGAUGUUUCCCAUCAAGUACGGGGACAUCUGGGAGAUGUACAAGAAGGCCGAGGCUUCGUUCUGGACGGCCGAGGAGGUCGACCUCAGCGACGACAUGAAGCACUGGGAGAAGCUCAGCGACGACGAGAAGCACUUCAUCUCUCACAUCCUCGCGUUCUUCGCCGCGUCCGACGGCAUCGUCCUCGAGAACCUCGGCGUUCGCUUCAUGGGCGAGGUGCAGAUUCCGGAGGCCCGCGCGUUCUACGGCUUCCAGAUCGCCAUCGAGAACAUCCACAGCGAGAUGUACUCUCUCCUCAUCGACGCGUACAUCAAGGACGCCGCGCAGAAGAAGUACCUCUUCGAAGCGAUGGAGAACAUCCCGUGCGUCGCGAAGAAGGCGGACUGGGCGCUCAAGUGGAUCGAGAGCUCCGCUACUUUCGCCGAGCGCCUCAUCGCGUUCGCGUGCAUCGAGGGCAUCUUCUUCUCCGGGUCGUUCUGCUCCAUCUACUGGCUCAAGAAGCGCGGGAUGAUGCCCGGGCUCACGUUCAGCAACGAGCUCAUCUCUCGCGACGAAGGCCUCCACCGCGACUUCGCGUGCCUGCUCUACUCGUACCUGCAAAACAAGCCGGACGUCUCCAUCGUGAGGCAGAUCGUCUGCGAGGCGGUCGAGAUCGAGAAGGAGUUUGUCUGCGACGCCCUCCCGGUCUCCCUCGUCGGCAUGAACAAAGAUCUCAUGUCCGAGUACAUCGAGUUCGUCGCGGAUCACCUCCUCGGGCAACUCGGGCUGGAGAAGGAAUACAACACGGUGAACCCGUUCGAGUUCAUGGAGCUCAUCUCUCUUCAGGGGAAGACGAACUUCUUCGAGAAGCGCGUCGGGGAGUACCAGAAGAGCGGCGUCAUGGGAUCGCUCGGGGGGGGGAACGGCGGCACCACGAACUUCUCUCUGGACGAGGACUUUUAA